AUGACGGUCGAGUGCCACCAGUGCGAAGCGUGCACAGAUGCCGUGCUCAAACGAGACGAGAAUGCCAAGCAAAGUGUGCAUCGUAACUGGUGCACCUGCAUGCAAUGCGUCGACAACAGGCGGAAGCACCGACAUUGGUCGUUGAACGCCGCUUUCGACACCCAUCGACUGCUGAUAACGAAGCUGAAGGAGCGUCGCAGACCAGCGUAUGCAAAGCCAAAUACAAGACAGAGGAGAACACAGCAUUUGUGGAAUAAAGGCCCCUUAAAGGCCACUGUUGGCACCCGAGCGGAACGAAUCCCAAUCGUUCGUGUGUACUCCCGAGUUAACCAGGUACCCCGCUUCCAUUUCCUUCCGACAUGGGUUAUUGUGACCUCGAGCUGUGACCAAGUGUACGGCACGAUCGUGCUGACCAUCGCGAUACAUUCACUUUCACAUCGCUCGGGUAUUCGUUUAGGACGACUGCAUCCUCUCGCUGCAUUGCAAACAGAGAGAAUUGUUCUUUUGCUGCACAUGUUUGCGCACACUGUUCAAGCACCCAGAAAGCGACUUCAUCAGACGCUUUCCGCUGUUAUACCCGGUGAGCAGUGGGAGCGGCUCUGCCGCAACGAAGGCGUCUACCCGGGGACACUAUCGCGGUACGAGCCUGCUCGCGUGAGUCUAGUUGGUACUCCGCGACCAACGGAACUGCAUAUCACGCCCAGAGCCGAGGACAGGGACUCUGCUUGGGUUAUCCUCCGCAAACCCGGCGAUCGGGAUGCAACGCAGUUCUACUCACGCGCGCUGGAUGCGUCUACGCUGGCACAACAGGGCAUGGUCUACGCCCAGGACGGCUCUUUCUGCUCGGGAAGCGUGUUGGUGCGCUCCGGGGAAGGUGGCCUCAGUGCGCUCAUCGUUGAACAGAACAUAAACCACUGGGAGUCGGGGCGUAUCGCAGCAAGACGACGCGUCGUCGUACAUUAUAGGGGCCGGGAGCUCUCAGCGCUUUCGCUUUAUCGCGAGCUGGACCAGAGUGACUAUGUAAGUGAGCGACCGAGAGCUAAGGAUUUUGUUCGCUUGCUUGAAACAGGAACAGGAGCAUGGCAAGGUCGAGCAGCGUACGUCUAUGCCCGUGAUCAGCGGAAGGAUGCCCACUUCAACACGGACGCCAGUUUGAGCAUCGAGGAGCUUUCAAUGGAUGGUGUUGAUGCUGGUGUUCCAGCGGUUGUUACGCGAGUCGCUGCACCCGGUUUCGAACGCGUCUCUCGGGGGCGCCUCGAUGAGAGCCAGAACAAAAUCGUUUUCGAUCCUAUUCAUCCGAAUCUGCAGUAUCAGAUGCGUUUUCUCGGGAGAGAUUGCACAGUAUUAGCACCGCAUGCCGUGCCGCUCGGUCAAGCGUUUCUCGUAGAAUUCGCGUGGCUUGUUCGACCUGGUCUUCGAAGAAGAAUCGUCAGGCAGUAUGACUCCGAUGGCAUGUACGAGGGAUCCGUCUUCAUCGAGGAAAUAAAGCAACCCUAG